GGAGACACGUGACGCGAUGUCUCCGGGUGCUGACAGACCCUGGCUGAGCACGGCAGAGAAACACACCGCGCGUUUUCUUGCAUAAAACAGGAGGAACGUCUUCUCUUUUGUACACCGAUGUGAAGCGUAAAUUUCCUGGUAGUAUGAGCGGCUGAAUGAAUCGUUUUGUACUCUGCUUGAAUAGCUCGUUGGUUCUGUCUCUGAAUUGUUAACCUAUCGGGACUUUGGGGGAUCCGCAUACGCAAUUGCAUCUCUCCAGUUCCUUUUGCUCUUUCGACACCAAUGCAGUGAUUUUUGUCAAACAAAACCAAAAAUUACAUCGAUGCGGAGGCCAUCACCAAACCUCACCUAUAAAGCUAGCUGAACAAGGGACCACACAAUGGUGUUCCUCUCAAGAUUGUGGCACAAUAUGUCAAAGUGGAUGUGAUUAGAAAGUUUGUGAGCACUGAGGGCCCUACUCGGGCCUCCAUAUUAAACCCACUUUGAGAAGUAGCUUAUUUUUUUAAGUAAAUUUUUUUAAAAACCUUUUUUUGUACACAUGAAACUUUGCCAACGCAAUGACGAGUUAAUUUACCCCCAAGACCCAUGGUGGCCUAAUUUCCUCAAAGCUUUCCUGUACAUACUUGGCUUCAUGUGAUGGAUACUGUGAAAAACAUGCCCCACUGUAAACCACUAGGAUCCACUGAAGGAGUUUAAUUCUGUUUUAGAGAAAAUCCCUAAUUUUUUAGUAUCCAAGAUAAUUUAUUGUUCAGAAUUUUUUUUCUUAAGAAUACGUUCAGCUUUAUUUGCUUAUAUUUAUUUUAGAUACACAUUGUCUGUAUGCAAUAUGAUUAGGCCAUAACAUAGGCCUUCUCCUUCCUGGCAAAGAAAACAAUGAAUAAAGGAAAAUUACACGAAAUGUACAGCUGUCCCAUUUGUGACAGGGAACCCAUUUAUGUUUUAGGACCGGAAAACUAAGACAUUUAAUUCUAUCAGAUUUUAGAUUAGCUUUACAAGAACUUUUUCAAUUCACCAUGAGCGUCUCCCUGCGUAACGGUGUCCAUUUGAUGUGGAUAGGCCUACUGGUUUGUUGCCUGGUUGAUAUAGGGACUAGCAUGGAGUUCACUGGUGCUGAGGGCCAGUGGGCGCGGUUUCCCAUGUGGAACGCCUGCUGUGAAAGCGAAAUGAGCUUCAACAUGAAAACAAAAAGCUCUCAUGGACUUUUAGUGUAUUUCGACGAUGAAGGAUUCUGUGACUUCUUGGAGCUGCUGAUCCACAACGGCAGACUCAGCCUACGUUUCUCCAUCUUCUGUGCCGAACCUGCCAUGGUGCUGUCCGACACGGCGGUCAACGACAGCCACUGGCACGCAGUUACCCUGCGCAGGAAUUUCAAGAACACCACGUUAGUUGUGGAUGAUGAGAUCAAGUGGGUGGAAGUUAAGUCUAAAAGACGGGACAUGACUGUUUUCAGCCACUUGUUCUUAGGGGGGAUACCCCCCGAACUGCGAUCUUUAGCUCUGCGGCUCACAUCUGCAUCCAUCAAAGACCAGGUUCCAUACAAAGGAUGGAUAACCAGUUUAAAGGUGAAUGGGUCUGAGCCAGUGCUAACUGGUAGUGAGGGAAUCAACACCGAUGUCUGCGAAGCUGACCACAUUUGCCUGAAUGGAGGAGUGUGCAGUAUCGUCAACAAUCAGCCCAUCUGUGACUGCUCCGAAACAGGGUUCCAGGGGAAAGACUGCAGUGAAGAAGAGGCCUAUGUUGGAGGUCUUGCACACAUGAUGAUGGGCGACCAAGGUAAAAGUAAAGUGAGGGAGGAAUACGUGGCUACCUUCAAGGGCUCGGAGUACUUCUGCUACGACCUGUCCCCCAACCCCAUCCAGAGCAGCAGCGACGAGAUCACGCUCUCCUUCAAGACCCUGCAGCGCAACGGCCUCAUGCUCCACACAGGCAAAUCCGCCGACUACGUCAACCUGGCGUUGAAGAGCGGCGCUGUCUCACUCGUCAUCAACCUGGGCUCGGGGGCCUUCGAGGCCCUCGUCGAGCCUGUCAAUGGGAAAUUUAAUGACAAUGCCUGGCAUGAUGUGAAGGUUACCAGGAACCUCCGUCAGCACUCAGGCAUUGGACACGCUAUGGUUACAAUAUCCGUGGAUGGAAUUCUCACCACCACUGGAUAUACACAAGAGGACUACACCAUGCUAGGCUCUGAUGACUUUUUCUAUGUUGGGGGCAGUCCCAGUACUGCAGAUCUGCCUGGAUCCCCCGUUAGCAACAACUUUAUGGGCUGCCUGAAGGAGGUGGUAUACAAGAACAACGACGUGAGACUGGAGCUGUCUCGCCUGGCCAAGCAGGGCGACCCCAAGAUGAAAGUGAGCGGAAUGGUGGCUUUCAAGUGCGAGAAUGUGGCCACGUUAGACCCGGUCACCUUUGAGACGCCCGAGUCCUUUGUGACGCUCAGCAAGUGGACAGCAAAGAAAGCCGGCUCCAUCUCCUUUGACUUCCGCACGACAGAGCCCAAUGGCCUGCUCCUCUUCAGCCACGGCAAGCCCAAGCAGCAGCAGCAGAAAGACCCCAAGGGCCCCAAGACCAUGAAGGUGGACUUCUUUGCCAUUGAGAUGCUGGAAGGCCACCUUUACCUGCUGCUGGACAUGGGCUCAGGCACCACCAAGACCCGGGCUGUCAACAAGAAGGUCAACGACGGAGAAUGGUACCACGUAGACUUCCAGCGGGAUGGCAGAUCAGGCACCAUCUCUGUGAACUCAGUGCGCACUCCCUACACGGCUCCUGGCGAGAGCGAGAUCCUGGAUCUGGAUGACACACUGUACCUGGGCGGCCUGCCCGAGGACCGCGCGGGCCUGGUCUUCCCCACCGAGGUGUGGACCGCCCUGCUCAACUACGGCUAUGUGGGCUGCGUGCGCGACCUCUUCAUGGACGGCCAGAGCAAAGACAUUCGCCGCAUAGCCGAGGCCCAGCGUGCCAUGGGCGUGAAGCCGUCCUGCUCCAAAGAGCCGCCCAAGCAGUGCCUGAGCAACCCGUGUCUAAACAGCGGCUCGUGCCGAGAGGGCUGGAACCGUUACGUGUGCGACUGCUCUGGGACCGGCUACCUGGGCCGCUCCUGCGAGAGGGAUGCCACUAUCCUCAGUUAUGAUGGCAGUAAGUUUAUGAAGAUCAAGUUGCCGGUGGUGAUGCAUACUGAGGCGGAGGACGUGUCGCUACGGUUUCGCUCUCAGCGCGCCUACGGUGUUCUCAUGGCAACCACCUCCCGCAACUCUGCGGACACCCUCCGACUGGAGCUGGACGGGGGGCGGGUCCGACUUACUGUCAAUCUAGACUGUAUCAAGAAUAACUGUACUACCAGUAAAGGCCCAGAGACCAUCUUUGUGGGCCAGAACCUGAAUGAUAAUGAAUGGCACACGGUCCGUGUGGUCAGAAGAGGGAAAAGCUUGAAGUUAAUGAUGGAUGAUUUACAGCCCUCAGAAGGUCAAAUCACAGGUGACCACACACAGCUAGAGUUCCACAACAUCGAGACGGGAAUCAUUACGGAAAAACUCUACAUGCCUGCCAUGCCCUCCAACUUCAUUGGGCACCUGCAGGGCCUGUCCUUCAAUGGCAUGUCCUACAUUGACUUGUGCAAGAACGGGGACAUCGACUACUGCGAGCUCAAUGCCAUGAUUGGUUACAAGAGCAUAGUGGCCGACCCGGUGACCUUCAAGUCUCGCUCCAGUUACGUGACGCUGCCGACCCUGCAGGCCUACUACUCCAUGCACCUGUUCCUCCAGUUCAAGACCACUUCCCCCGAUGGCCUGAUCCUCUACAACCGGGGAGACGGCAAUGACUUCAUAGUGGUGGAGCUGGUCAAAGGAUACCUGCACUAUGUCUCAGACUUGGGACAUGGUGCUCACCUCAUCAAAGGCAAUUCCAACACGCCCCUCAAUGACAACCACUGGCACAAUGUGAUGAUCUCACGGGACACCAACAACCUGCACACGGUCAAGAUAGACACCAAAAUCACCACCCAAACCACAAUGGGGGCCAAGAACCUUGAUUUGAAAGGUGAUCUGUACGUGGGAGGGGUGGCGAAGGAAAUGUAUAAGGACCUCCCUAAGCUGGUGCACUCGAAGGAAGGCUUCCAGGGCUGCCUGGCAUCUGUGGAUCUGAACGGCCGCUUGCCAGACCUGCUGUCAGACGCGCUGAACACUGCCGGCCAGGUGGAGAGGGGCUGUGAAGGGCCCAGCACUACGUGUCAGGAAGACUCCUGCUCCAAUCAGGGUGUGUGUCUGCAGCAGUGGGAGGGCUUUACCUGUGACUGCAGUAUGACGUCAUUCGGGGGGCCUCUCUGCAACGACGCGGGAACGACAUACAUCUUUGGGCGGGAUGGCGGGCUGAUUGUGUACACCUGGCCGCCCAACGACAGGCCCAGCACGCGAGCGGACCGCCUGGCUGUUGGCUUCAGUACCCAGCAGAAAGACGCAGUCUUGGUCAGAGUGGACAGCUCCUCUGGCCUCGGAGAUUACCUGCAACUGCAGAUAGAAAAAGGAAAUAUCAGAGUUGUGUUCAAUGUGGGCACCGAUGACAUAAACAUUGAAGAGACCUCAAAGUUUGUAAAUGAUGGAAAGUACCACAUAGUUCGCUUUACAAGAAGUGGUGGUAAUGCCACCUUGCAGGUGGACGAUCUGCCAGUCAUAGAGCGAUAUCCCACAGGCAACAUUGAUAACGAACGCCUGGCGAUUGCUAGACAGCGAAUCCCAUAUCGGCUUGGUCGAGUAGUUGACGAAUGGCUACUCGACAAAGGUAGACAGCUCACCAUCUUCAACAGCCAGACUACCAUAAAGAUUGGCGGGUGGGAGCGGGGAAGCCGCCCCUUCCAGGGCCAGCUCUCCGGCCUCUACUACAACGGCCUCAAGGUGCUCAACAUGGCCGCCGAGGGCGACCCCAAUGUGCGUGUGGAGGGGAGCGCCCGUUUGGUGGGCGACCUGCCCUCCUCCUCCAUCACGCCCCAAUCCAGUGCUUCGGCCACGGGCAACCGCUCGGACUCGUCCCCCUCACUCACAGACAUCACCACCACCACAGCCUCCAACCGCCAGGGCAAGCAGACCACAACCACACAGGAUGAUCUGUUGGUAGCAUCAGCUGAGUGUCCCAGUGAUGAUGAGGACAUUGACCCAUGUGAUCCAACCUCAGGUGGGUUAGCACACCCUCCCCUGCCCGAGGCAAAGGGCUACCCAAGCCCAGAGGUGAUCCGGGAGUCCAGCAGCACCACAGGCAUGGUGGUGGGCAUCGUCGCUGCAGCAGCUCUCUGCAUCCUCAUCCUCCUCUACGCCAUGUACAAGUACCGCAACCGCGACGAAGGCUCCUACCACGUGGACGAGAGCCGCAACUACAUCAGCAACUCGGCCACGCAGCCCAAUGGAGCUGCCAUCAAGGAGAAGCCCAUUGGCGUGGCCAAGAUCUCUAGCAAGAACAAAAAGAACAAGGACAAAGAAUAUUACGUCUGAUCCCACAACUCCUCUCCCUCCCUGCCCACUGCUCCCAUACUCAGAGACUCAGGCAAGGGGGAGAACAUGCCAAUCUGUGUAUAGUAAUUAAUUGAGAAAAAAAAAACACAGUCUUGGUUUUAAGACGUGGCAUACUGUUACUAACAAUAAGAAAAUAUCAUUUCUACUCAAGCACACAAGAACUAUACAAAGCUGAAAGUGUGUACAAAGAAUUGGGCAAAGAGUAUGUUAAACCCACAGAAUGGCGGAAACCUUCAAAGUUAAUUCUUUGGGAAAGCCAGUUGAAGCCCAUACAUUAGGGUAAAUCUCUCAAAGACUAGGCCACUGCCCAGAACUGAGGUGUUACUGUGUUUCAUAUUAUGUUGCCUGUGUACGUGUUGCUGGGACAUGUCUUCUACAUCCAGGAAACCCAUGAAUAUCUGGAAAAUGACAAAGACAUUCACUAUAACAGAGGAUAAAGAGCAAGAGACUUACCACUAUGAGAAGCUACCUACUGUAUGAUUGUUAAAUCAGCCAAAGUAUUCGCCAACUCCACCCACCUCCCCACCCCCCCACCCCUUUUUAUUGGCAGUGUUGGUGAGCAGAAGGAAGAGAAAAUGAGGAACACUAAGGGAUCCAAACUUAAGUAUAUCGGCGGCCCGAUGCCUUGGUGUCAAAGUGAGUAUGGCGGCCCGAUGCCUUGGUGUCAUAGAGGACUGCAGAGGCCUUAUUAACCAAGUAUAAAAUCUCUGGUUGUUUCUUUUGUUUGUAAGUUUGUCAUGACUAUGACAACAGCAGUGGUGAUGCUAAUGGUUAUGGUGGAGAAUGAUGGGACCGUGAAUCUGAGAAUCUGAGGAAAAACUCAUGCACGUGAAGUAUCUUAUUACAUAUGUUUAUAUACGGUGCAAAGACUAUCUAUGUGUGCUCUCUGGACUGUGACUGAAGUGGUGUUUUAUAGCCUGUUAUAUAGAUGAUGCCAACUACAGUAUACCUGCUCUUCAAACAUUUUCUAGUAAAAGCAAAUUGGAAAAAACUGAAAAAAACUGAAAAAAUAAAUGUUAAUGUGUUGCUAUAGCGAUAGAACUGUUCUACCAUUAGCUACAAACAUUUGGGAUUUUUUAAUUUAACUUUAUGUGCAUCCUCAAUGUCAGUAAUUUAUUUCUGUCAUUAUACUUUGUUUCUUCAGCUACUUGUGUGUCAUCAUACAAAGUCGAGAACAUUAAUUUGGUUUCAUGAAAAAGAAAAACAUCACAUGGAAAGUCAAUUUAGCUGAACUGUUGAAGCAGUAUAAUUUUGCUCUACUCAAUGGCCAGACUAAUUAUGCAUGGCCAGUAACACAUGGCUAUGAUAAGAGAUGACACCUAAAAGUGAAAUUGAUUCAUAAACAUGUGCAUUGGAACAAAACAACUGGAACAUACUAAUCUCUAAGACAACUCAAAUUUAAACCAUAUUGUUUGUGAACACACUUUGCUAUCUUGUACUACACCAAAUGUACAAGACGUACAAAAUGCAUAAAUUUCAAAAUAAAAUGUUUGAUUUUUGUUUUGUGUUUUUUAUUUAUGUACAAUUUUUCUAUGAUACCUUCUUUUGUUUUUUGUUUUCUUUUUUUUUGUGACAAUUAUUUGAUGACCUCAAAGUGAAGAUUUAUUAUGAAAAAAUAGUUUUGAAAAAUCAAAUGAAUAAAUAAAAUAUUAAUUAAGACUUGAA